CAACAUGAUGGAUGAAUCUAAAUCAAGGUAUGGAAAUCAUAAAUUCUAAUCCCUAAUUUUUUUUAGGGUUUUUUCAAGGCUUAAUUAGAGGCUAAAAUCAGAAACAAAUGGAGGAUAGCAACAGACCGAAUUCCCGUCACAAGGGUCUCCGACCAAAAUCACCUAAGGGUCUUCGAACCGGUUAAAUCGGCACUGCUGAUAAAAAGAUAAGUGUAUUUCCUUACAACUGGUACCAUUACAUCAAUUCUAUCAUGUAAUUGUUAAAACUGUUCUUUCAUAAACUUAAUGAAUCUCUGUCUUGAUGUAAAUUCAAUGGUAAAUCAAAGAAUGUUAAUCUGAUUGCCCCACUCCGAAGCCAACGUUCAAUUCAUCCAAUAGAAGAAUCAACAUAAUUCAGCAAUGAAGUCACAAUUGAUGUUGCAAUUGAAUACAAAUUGAUUUGGCAAUGUUUAAUGAAGAAAUCCUGUGUCAGAUUCUUUGUUUACCGGGAGUCUUAACAUCGGGCGUGGUUCUCAUAUUAAUAUAUCUGGUGCAAAUUCAGAACAUGGAUCACCCCCUCUCAAUCUUGAAAUCCCCCUCAUGACUUAUGGGAAAGAGGCUCACAGUCUCCAACUUGAGGCCUUUUCAGUUGCCAUUAAGAGAUUAUAUCCCGACUUACCGAAACCUAAGCUCCAGUUUGUCAGCAGCUGCAGAAAUAAAUCAGAUGAAGAUAGACUACAAAUCUUAAAAGAGAAAUCAAUUGAGCUGAAUGUGAAUGAACAAGUGGAAUUCCACAAGAAUGUAACAUACAGGCUUAUAAAUGGGAGGAGAAGCUGAGUUCUAACCUGUUUUGUGCAGGUAGCACGUCCUGAUUCUGUGCAGUUUGUUUUGAUGGAUUACCGACUGAAAUGCGAUGAUAUGGAGUUAUUGGAU